CACUAACUGAUUGAUUAACUGAAUGUGUAUCUGUUGUUUCCCCUCCUGACCUCCGGGCGGCAGCGUUCUUUCAUUUUAAACUUUUAAUCUGAAAAACCCUGACUGGGAGGACACCGGAAGUCUGGUGUCUUCACUGUGAUGUGUGUCUGGCGGCGGGAUAGCUGUGUAGUUUGUUAUUAGUGAGUUUUAAGAAGACAGAGCUCCAGAAUCCAGAGUGAGUCCAGCAGCCCCAGUGGAGCCCUGCUGGAUUUCAGGACCAGAGAGGAAUGGAGGAGGACAACCAGAACCAGGAGCAGCGGAGCAACGAGGUCCCCAGAAGACAAGCAGCAGACUGGGACUCUGAUAGCAGCCAUGUUCAGGAGCCCUCAGCAGACGUCAAGCUGGCGACCGGAGCAGGAAAGAAGAGCAAGAAGGCCCAGGAGGAGGAGCAGCCUGCAGCAGUGAAGGAGGAAGAGGAGGAGGAGGAGGAGGAGGAAGAGGAGGAGUAUGUGGUGGAGAAGGUUUUGGACCGCAGAGUGGUGAAGGGAAGAGUAGAGUUUCUGCUGAAAUGGAAGGGGUUCUCAGAUGAGGAGAACACAUGGGAGCCACAAGACAACCUGGACUGCCCCGACCUUAUCACCGAGUACAUGCAGAAACACAAGGAGAAGGAGGAGAAAAAGAAGGAGGGCAAGAGGAAAGUUGUCCAUAAGGCCUCGGGAGACUCAGAGGAGCGACGGAGCAAGAGGAAGAAGGAGGAGGAGCCCUCAGCAGACGUCAAGCUGGCGACCGGAGCAGGAAAGAAGAGCAAGAAGGCCGAGGAGGAGGAGCAGCCUGCAGCACCUCCUGCAGCAGCGGCAAUGAAGGAGGAGGAGGAGGAGGAGGAGUAUUUGGUGGAGAAGGUUUUGGACCGCAGAGUGGUGAAGGGAAGAGUAGAGUUUCUGCUGAAAUGGAAGGGGUUCUCAGAUGAGGAGAACACAUGGGAGCCUCAAGACAACCUGGACUGCCCCGACCUUAUCACCGAGUACAUGCAGAAACACAAGGAGGAGAAAAAGAAGGGGGGCAAGAUGAAAGUUGUCCAUGAGGCCUCGGGAGACUCAGAGGAGCGAGGGAGCAAGAGGAAGAAGGAGGAGGAGCCCUCAGCAGACGUCAAGCUGGCGACUGUAGCAGGAAAGAAGGGCAAGAAGGCCGAGGAGGAGGAGCAGCCUGCAGCACCUCCUGCAGCUGCAGCAGCAGUGAAGAAGGAAGAGGAGGAGAAGUAUGAGGUGGAGAAGGUUUUGGACCGCAGAGUGGUGAAGGGAAGAGUAGAGUUUCUGCUGAAAUGGAAGGGGUUCUCAGAUGAGGAGAACACAUGGGAGCCACAAGACAACCUGGACGGCCCCGACCUUAUCACCGAGUACAUGCAGAAACACAAGGAGGAGGAGAAAAAGAAGGAGGGCAAGAGGAAAGUUGUCCAUGAGGCCUCGCGAGACUCAGAGGAGCGAGGGAGCAAGAGGAAGGAGGAGAAACGGAGAGGAAGAAAGGGACUCAAAUGUCACCACUGUCAACACUGUGACAAAUCCUUCACAACAUCAACAUAUUUAAAGAUUCAUCAGAGAGUUCACACUGGAGAGAAUCUACACAGUUGUGAUCAAUGUGGGGCAGCUUUCACACUACAGAGUAAUCUAAAAAACCAUCAACGCAUUCACACUGGAGAGAAGCCAUACAGCUGUGAUCAAUGUGGGGCAGCUUUCACACAACAAGGUAAUCUUAAAAACCAUCAACGCAUUCACACUGGAGAGAAGUCGUACAGCUGUGAUCAAUGUGGGGCAGCUUUUACACUACAGAGUCACCUAAAAAGACAUCAACGCAUUCACACUGGAGAGAAGCCGUACAGCUGUAAUCAAUGUGGGGCAGCUUUCACACUACAGAGUCACCUAAAAACACAUCAACGCAUUCACACUGGAGAGAAGCCAUACAGCUGUGAUCAAUGUGGGGCGGCUUUCACACUACAGAAUCACCUAAAAACACAUCAACGCAUUCACACUGGAGAGAAGCCUUACAGCUGUAAUCAAUGUGGGGCAGCUUUCACACACCAGAGUAACCUAAAAACACAUCAACGCAUUCAUACUGGAGAGAAGCCGUAUUGUUGUGAACAAUGUGGGAAAACUUUUACUCGGAGUGGUAGCCUUGAAAAACACAGACGUGUUCACACUGGAGAGAAGCCGUACUGGUGUGAACAAUGUGGGAAAACUUUUUCUGUGAGUAGUCACCUUAAAACCCACCAGCGCAUUCACACUGGAGAGAAGCCGUACUGGUGUGAUCAAUGUGGUAAAACAUUUUCUCAGAAUGGUAACCUAGAAAGCCACCGACGUGUUCACACUGGAGAGAAGCCGUAGUGGUGUGAUCAAUGUGGGGAAACUUUUUCUCAUAGUAGUAAUCUUAAAUAUCACCACCAGCUCAUUCACACUGCCUCAUUGUGAACAUGUUUGAGAGCCAAGCUGUUUCCUCCUGCCUCCUCCUCAUGCCCUGAUAGCUGUGUUGUUAUAUUCUGAUCUUCUCUCCACAUUGAAGGCUGACCA